GAGAAGGAGGUUUCCAGGUGUUGCCUGACCAAACUCACAGUACAGCGUCGUUUUAUUGUUAUCUUACAAAAAGGCCUCGUGUGAGUGCCGUCACUUGAUCUCUCCCUUCCCACAAUCUCUCCUGAAACCCUAAAUCAAAAAGUCGAGAACAAUGGCGUCGUUCGCUCGCCGAGCUAUGAGCCUAGCUCAGAUUCCAUCUGUAGCACGUGCCCCCGCCUCUGUCUGUCAGCGUCGUGGUCUCGCCAGCGCCGCUGAUCACCAUGGAUCUACCAAGGUUGACUUCUGGAAACAGCCCACGAACCCAGGAAACUGGAAAGAGGAGCAUUUUGUGCUUAUUUCGCUCUCCGGCUGGGGCAUGCUUUUCUACGGUGGAUACAAGCUCUUCACCGGCGGCAAAGGAGAGAAGCCUGCCGAGGCUGCGCAAUGAAUUUAUCACUGAGGGAAAAGAGUUUUCUUCUCGUGCAUUUACUUUCACUUUCAGCACCUUGUGACUGGUCUUGUUAUCAAAGCCAGCAAUUACUUGUUUGUUUUCUUUGACAAUAAUAUGGAUCGUUUAAUCACCUUUUGAGAUCUCAAUCAUGUAUCCAGUGGAUGAUUCUGUUUCAUAAUUUCCCCUAUGCUUUGAAACUUUUCAAGGUUUUAGCGUUGUGAUUUGCUUUGGAUCA